UGCCUUCGUCCUUGACACACAUUUGUGCUCAGGUACCAUGUAAUAUACCAGGCAGACUGAAACCCUCACAUGGCUCUUCAUCUCUCCCUCCUCCUCCUCCUCCUCCUCUUCCUCAUCCUCUACAGAGUAUCAGCAGUACGCAGUGACCAUCCUAAGAGCAGUGGUAAUGCCUCAAUCUCUGAUGACAUCAACCAGAGAGUCUUCACUGUGACCAUGACUGAUCUGGAGCCAGAGGACUCUAAGACUUACAGGUGUGUUGUGGAGAUCAAUGGAGGACCAGAUAUCAUGAUACAACGGUUCUACCUGUCUGUCACUCCAGGUACUCCAGGACUCUAUGUGGACCAACAGGAAGUGACUGGAGUAGAAGGAGGGAGUGUCACUGUCCGUUGUUACUAUAGUAACUCUGGAGAUAUAAAGUGGUGCAGGAUGGGUGGUGAUUGUGUGUCGUAUUCUGGGACUUUACAUGGAACAUCAGUGACAUUAAAGGAUAUCAGUCUGGCCAACAACAGAAUAGUCUUAACAGUGACUAUGAGUGGACUGAAGAUGGAGCACACUGACUGGUAUUGGUAUGAAGUGGGAGAACUAGAGAUGUCUGUUCACAUCACUGUCAGUCAACAAACUGCAACACAAAACAUCACUGCUAUCACAACCCAAGCUCCAACCAAUCAACAACCCUCUGCCUCUCCAACUGCUGAGCCUGUUCAGACUGACAACACAAGUCAAGGAGCUGAGGGGAACAAGGAGGACGUCCACCAGAGGUCCAUAGAUGUGAAAGUCCUACUGAUUCCUUGGGGCAUGUUGGUGGUGGUGACAGCUGGUAUCCUAGUCACAUGGAAGAUCUGGACAAAGCAUAAGGACAAUAAGGCCAAGGACCAGACAACUAACAACUCAGUGUCUGCUGACCCUGAGCAGGACAUUUCAUACAGCACAGUGAGCCACACCAGAGAAACAGCACAGCAGGGUCCAAAGCCAGAGAGCCACCAUGACGUGAUGUACAGCACUGUGAUGCCUGAUCAGUUCAGGACAGAACAGAAGGCCCCAUUUCCUGAAGAUGAUGAUGAUGUCACAUACAGCACUGUCAUCCCCCAGCACAAGGCCCAACUAAAAGUACAGGCCAAGGCAGCAGAACCAGAUGAUAAUGUGGUCUACAGCUCACUAGCUCUACAGGUGACCACACAGCAGAGGGCAGCAGCAGCACAGCAGUGACUGACUGAGUGACCUUGGUGGAGUCCUUAUCCUGGAAGGACAGCCCACUCCCCUCUCCUGGGUCUCAACAUCUAUCUGCCUCCAAUAUGCUUCUGUCAUACCUCUUAACCCACGCCAGAAAGACCCCUCUAUCCUUUUGUGUCCAUAAACUACUGAAGACAGUC